AUGGCGUCUUCUGAAAUUGAUGAUUUUUUAUCUGGACCACUGGUUACCUGGUUCGGUAGCUGUCUAGAGGAUCCUGAUGCUCUUGCCAACUACUAUGACCUGGUAGACGGUAUGCUUCUCCACAAUGUAUUUUUACAAAUUGACCCAGAGCCGCUUCACGACGGUGUGAUACCGAGUUACAGUAACCCGUCAGUGCGGAUAAAAAAUCUAGAAAUGAUAAUCAGUAACAUCCGUAAAUUUUACGAGGAAGAUCUGGGUUAUUUGGUGAUAAAACUACCGGAUCCAGUAAAACUUGGCAAAGAACCCGAGUUACAUGUAUCAGAAAUCCACUUACUGCUUCAGUUACUUCUCGGCUGUGCAGUACACUGUCCAAACAAAAAGGAUUUUAUUACAAAAAUUUUUUCACUGCCUGAGAUAGUUCAAUCAGGAAUAGCCGAUUGCAUUAAAAAUGUAACAGAGAUGACAGAGAUAGUGAUAAACCAAGACACGAUGGGUGACCCGUCCGAAGUUUUCAAACUAAUGAAGCAAUUCCUUCACGAGCGAGAUUUUUACCGGGAAAAAUGCAAGUCAACAAUGUCUGGUGAUUUAUCAGGAGCCGCGGGCUCGCCUAGUCAAGAUGAAUCGGCCAAAAAUCAGCAGGCGAACGCUGUCAAGUCUGACCAAGAGAACCAUCACUACGCGGUGGAGCUGGCCGACUGGAAAUCUAAAAUCCGGAAACAAAGACACGAGUUGGAGGAAAAAACAGAAGCUUUGGCUGAGUGCAAGGAAGAGCUCGAGCACAUGAGAGCUACUGUUGCUAAAUUGAAGCAGGAGAAUCAGGAACUGAUGCACGAAGCACGAGCUGUCAAGACCUAUCGCGAUGAACUCGACGCGAUGAUGCAAAAGGCUGAACGGGUUGACAAACUGGAGGCCCAGGUCUUGCGCUACCAGGAAAAGAUAUCAGACAUUGAUUUCUACAAAAUUCGGGUUGAGGAGUUGAGGGAGGACAACCGAAUGCUGAUGGAGAACCGCGAGAUGCUUGAAGACCAGCUUAAUGUUCAGAAGAGACGAGCCGAGAAAGCUUUCGAGCUAGAGUCUGAAAUCAUCAAGUACAAGGCACUGAUUAACGACAUGAAUCUUGAACGCGCAGCUGAGAAGGAAAAAUACCAAGAGUUGCAGGAGGAAAAUAGUCAGCUGCAUAAACUGAAGAAAGCUGCCGAUGAUGAAGCUGCUCGUGCUUCUGUUAGCGAGUCUGAGGAAUCUGUGCCGGAUAACAGGUUGUCUGAGCAGCUGACAAGCAAUGCGCAGACCCGAGCGUUGAAACUAGAGCUGGAAAAUCGUCGACUGACGGCUUUAGUUGACUCGCUGAAAGAAAACUCAUUCCACGAGUCUUCUUCGCGGCUUCUGGAGCUCGAGAAGGAGAAAAAGAAGUUAUCUUUGAAGAUCGACUCGCUCACUGACAACAAUGAACGUUUGUCGCAACAGAAUGCCGAUUUGGAGUCGGUUUGUAAGCAAGCGCUGGAGGAGAACAAGAAAUUGCAAAAUACUUUGAAGAACCAGCGAAUGUCCUUUGAGCGUCAGCAACAAGACUACCAGACUAAGCACACUAAGAUCGUGGAGAUGGAAAAUAAUUAUGAAACUGUUGUUAAGGAGAAACAACGCGUACAAUCUUUGCUAGAAAGUGUUCAGAGACGUGCUGACGAACUCGAUCGUUCCCUGGAGUCUGCUAAUCAGAAAUUGGAUGAGUAUCGCAAUGUUGAGAAGAAAUUGAAAGACUCUGAGGUUAAGUGUAAUGACUUGGAAGCCAAGAUACUUGCUUUGGAGAAGGACAAAGACGCGGCGCUGAGAGAUGUUCACAAGUACCGAGAAGCUAUUGAGGAGAAAGACGUCGCUAUUGAUAAGUCAACGAAUACUAUCGAAGUGUUGGAGAAAAAAAUCCAGGAGCUUGAUCGAGAGAUUGAUAAUUCUAAUUCUCAGAUUGUAAGAUUACAGGAAAUUGAGCGCUCGAGUAAAGAACUGGAUGCGCGUGCGGCGAUUGACAAAGAAACUCUGGAGACUUUGGAGUCUAAUUUGAUUGCUGAGAAAAUGAAUACCCAACAAAUUCACGCUGCUUUGGACAAACUUGGGCUCACUGUUGAUGUUUUGCUCUCUUUGUCUGCUGAAAACUUUGCCGAGAAGUUAAUUAAUUUACCGGAGGUGGCUAUCCAUGUUAAUAAAUUAAUUAACGAGAGUCUGAAGAACCAUGUAGAUGCUCCGGUGGCUAAAGAACGUGAAGACGAGGAUAUGAAACCGCUGAAGGAACAUAUCGAGAUGGUCGAGGCGUUGAAGAAAGACUUGGAGAGCACAGCGAUGAAACUGAUAAUGAGUGAAAGUACUGCUGAGAGUUUGUUGGAAGAACAAGCGAAGCUCCAGGUCUCAGUGACUACCUUAACAUCAAAGAACUCUUCGUUGAAUGCCCAAUGCACUGCGCUGCAGUUGGCAAACUCUCAAUUGGUUGCGGAGAAGGAGGAGUUGCUCAAAGACAGGGAAAUUCAGCAGAGAACUCACCAGCAGCUUCUUCAUGAUCAGGUGACUCUUCAGUCGUUACACGAACAGCUGAAUAACGAGUAUGAAAAUUUGGUCCAAGAGAGGGAGAAUUUGAAAACUAAUUUGAGGGAUAUCAAGACUAAAGAACGGACUUGGAAGGAAACUUGCGAGAGAUUGGAGUCGAAGAAUAAGAUUCUGAUGGCUGAACAGGAAGCCUCGGCGACUCACAUCAAGAGCUUGAAUAACUUGCGUGGCGAACACUCCAAAUUGAAAGACGACUUUAGGAACUUGUACUCUGCGAUGGAGAAAUUAAAAAUAGACUAUCGGAGCUUGCAGGAAGACUACAAGAAGAAUAAAAUAGAAAGCAACAGAUUGAGCCUGAAGUUGACAGAAUUGCAAGGCGAGCUCAGUAUCAAGGACGAGUCGUACUCUAAUAUGGAGUUACAGAACAGUAAAUUGAACCAGCGAUGCGAGAUGUUAGCUCAAAUGAACUCUGGGCUGGACAACAACCGGCGCUCACUGAUGGACCAUGUCAGUGUCUUGCUGAAUCAGUACCAAGACUUGCUAACUCACUCGCUUGAAGAUAAGGAACACUAUCAUAUGGAGGAGAAAAUUUACCGCGAUCAGGUUAAUCAUUUGUCGCGACAGAAGGAGAAAUUGGAGGAGAAAAUAAUGGAGUACUAUCGAAACAAGCAGAGUUGCUCGACUAAAAAGAAACGGUUUGGAGCUAACUUGGUUAAGAGAGUGAGGAAAGCCGGCUCGGAACUUCUGCACAAAAAUAGACAGUCCUGGACGGAAGAUUCUAGACAAGACAGACAUGCUGGUACUCGUAGAACUGUUUAUUAUACUGAUGAUUUCCCGUCCCCCACUUCUUCAUUAACUCAUGAUUCAAAAUUGUCCGAUACCUUGCCAAUACCGUCAGUAAACGACACUGACGGUCCCAGUAAUUUAGACACAUCGAGAACAGAAGCACGUCCAGGUGAAUCAAGACCAUUUUUAAUUUACAAUAAAAUAUCAGCUGUUAUUAACGAACCAAAAAACACAAUCGUUGCCGAAAAUUCAACCCCUAAUGAUGAAAUACCCGAUACAACGAUACCCGUUAACAAAGACGGUACUUCUAAAGUCGGUAAUUCCAUCUGGUAUGAGUACGGAUGCGUUUGA